AUAUUUAUUCUGCCUUUAACUGUAACUUUGAAUUUUUUUAAGCAAAAAUAUAAUGUGGAUCGCGAGAUUUAUCGCUCGUAUAAAAUUUCAAUUUAGUUGCUCUAAAAAAUAAGUCUUUAUACGAAAGAAUCCCUCAUCAUUAUUCAAUAAAAGGUUGAAUAAUCCUAAGAAGAAAUAAUGUAGCUAAGCAAAAACUCGCGAAGAUUCGUUAUACUUUAUUUACUUUCUUAGAAUAGGAUUUAUUCAAGUUGCGCACUUUAGUUUCGCUUCGUCCAAAUUUAAUUCCAUCCCGCAAUUAAAAUUGACAAAUGAACAGUCCUGUAUCUUUUAUUCGCCAUUCAAAUCUGUUAUCACUGCAGAUAAGAAUGUCCAUCUGGCAUGAAAAGUACGCUGACACGUAGCGCCAUCGAAGUGAUAACAAAAAUUACGGGACGUCAUCGGCGCAUCAACAUGGUUACGGAUAGUUGUUCCUACGCGAUAAUGCAACGGAAAUGUUAAAGUGUUAAUCACAUUUAAAUAAUACCAGAGAGGAGAUCGCGGAAUAAUUGUCGAAAUAUCGUGCGGAUAAUACCGGAAAUCGGCGCGUAAAACAUCGACGUUCUUAUACUCGAUCUUUAGUCGAUCGAGCAGCAUGCGAUGCUCAUGGUUUCGUGAUACUAAGAUGUAGAGAAACAGCGAGUCCAUGUAUUAUUGUCGCCAGUGGAAAAUUGAGGGUUGUCGUUAAUUUAUUCAAUUUUACCAUGAUGCCAUAAUUAAGAAGAGAAGAGGUAUUGGAUACACUAUGAGCUGCUCUGUAGAAUUAAGACAGCGCAGACAGCAGGGGAUGGCGGAGGAUCCUCACAAACUUGCAGCAAUGAUGAAUAAAUCUCAGAGGCUAGUCCUCGGAUUGUUAGUUUUACUACUAGUCGAUAUAAUUUGGGUCUCCAGUUCUGAGCUAACUAAAUAUAUUUAUAGAGAAGCAGCUUUCGAAAAGCCAUUUUUUAGUACAUAUGUAAAAACAUCAAUGUUUACGCUUUAUUUGCUUGGUUUAUGUUUCUGGCCUCCAUGGCGGGAUCAGUGUAACAAACCAGCAACAUACAUGUUCAUAGAUCCUAACGUGGAAGAUGAUAACUUUUAUUCAGAAGCCAAUACUAGUUUGAGCGAUCCAACAUUCGUUCCAAUAAAAACGCCAGACCAGUGUGAUCGUUCUUCGGGCACAGAAAGCGACGAUUCGUCUAUACGUUCUGUGAGAUUUAGUAAGUUAGCAGAAGUCCGACACAUGUCAGAAUGCGAUGCUACCGAAGCAUUGUUAGCGAGGCUCAGCUAUCAAGCGAGCUUAAGAGCUGGGGAACACGCGAGGCGGCAAGCCAAUAAAUUUUGUGUUCAAAAAGUUGCAAAGAUUGCGCUUAUGUUUUGUUUGUUUUGGUUUAUGGCUAAUUAUACUUAUCAGAUAUCAUUAGCAAAGACCGAAGCAGGAGUUGUAACAGUACUGUCAUCAACUUCGAGUUUAUUUACUUUGUUCCUCGCUGCUGUUUUCCCUAGCAAUGGAGGAGAUAAAUUUACGCUGUCCAAGCUAGUUGCUGUGUCUGUCAGCAUUCUUGGGCUAGUAUUAGUUGGUCUUUCGGAUUUAACGAUAGAAACUAAUAAGAUACCCACAGGCAUAAUAUUGGCGCUAGUCAGUGCAUUUUUUUAUGCAGCUUACAUUGUAUUCCUAAAACGGAAAGUAGAUCACGAAGAUAAAAUGGAUAUUCCAAUGUUUUUCGGGUUUGUCGGGCUUUUUAAUCUGACGCUUCUGUGGCCAUUGUUUUUUAUUCUUCAUUACGCCCACUGGGAAGUAUUCGAAUGGCCAGAUACUCACCAGUGGACAUUUCUAAUCAUUAAUGGUCUGAUUGGUACUGUUCUAAGCGAAGUACUUUGGCUAUGGGGCUGUUUUUUAACAUCGUCCCUCAUAGCAACUCUUGGGGUUAGUUUAACAAUGCCAAUGUCGAUGAUAGCUGAUGUGUUAUUAAAAAAGGUCGAGUACCCUUACAUAUUCUAUCUAGGAACUAUUCCAAUGCUUUUAGCAUUUCUGACUGUAUCUCUUCUAUCUUAUUACGAUAAUUGGGAUCCAGUCAUGGAUUUGAUGAAGAGGAUUUACAUUUGGAUUUGUCGAAAAAAUAGAUCGACAAGAAUACCAGAUCUUGAAGCAGAGCAAACAGAAUCGCUUAUAGGAAUAAAUAACGGUGAACACGAGGCUUAACUCGACAAUAACGGAGAAACUAUGUAAUAAAUGUGUUUUAUGUAUGUAUAUUUCCCACACACCUAACAACAAAUGCUUCAUCUACAAGCAUAAAACGUUAUCAAUGUACCGUAUAUAUGUCUUGAUAUAGUUACCUCCUACGUCGAGAGGGUUUUCUGUAUAUAUUUUAAACUGAAUGAUCUGUGCAUAUUUAACUAAAAAGCAUUUUCACGAAGAUUAUCCAAGCAAUGUUAAACAUAAAAUAAUAGUCGAUAGCUCUUCUUUCUACAAUGCAUACGUUACCGUAAUGAUUUGCCAUAAAAAUUAGAUUCUACCUUUACGCAGAAUAUUACAAUACUGCCAGACAAUAAUUGCGCAUUGUUCGAUAUACAUAUUCUUUGAACACAAAAUUAAUUCUCAGACUUUUGUUUAAAUAUAUCGUAAUGUCGAUAACAGUCUCUUCGUGACUAUAUUAUUUUUCUUAUAAAAAUUAUGAAGAGUCAAAUCUACUAUUGUAAUCUUAAAAAACAUACAGAAUUAAGGCUAUUAAGGAAUGUAUCUAGCUUUUGUAUUCAUUGUAUAUUUUUAAAGAAAGUUAUAGUAUAUGAAUUGAAGGUUAAUUACGAUGUUUUAUGAGAUAUAAAACAUGUAGAUUGUGAUACAUUCGUUGAAGACAUUAAGUUUCUAUUGGUACAUAAUGUUAUAUUUUUAUCCAAGUAUAUGCAUUGCUAAACAGUUGUAUCUUGUAUAUUAAGCUACAUUGAAUAGAGAUGAAUUAUUUGCAUACAUAAUUUGGAGAGACCUGGUAAAAGUAACAGUAAAAGUAAUAGACUCUUUGAUUUCUCGAUCUUUGUAGAAAAAUCACAUAUACCUCCAUUAUAAAAAAAAAGGCUGAGAAACUAAAGGGUACUUACCUACUUACAUUAUAUCUUGUAGCGAGUAACAUUUAAAAUUGGUAAUAAUUACGUUGUAAUUAU